GUACAGAUAAAAAAAGAAUAGGUUUCGUUAUCUUUAACUACACAUGUUACGGUAACCGUAUCACCACUAUCAGUUAAAGACCAAGGCCUAUGACCGCCAUCCCCUCCACCCCCGGCUUCAGCCAAGCAGUGAAAGGUACUAUGCUAUUCAGUGUUUUGUGCUUUGACUAUAUGCUUGUUAUUCGGAGCUUGCAGCUUGAAGUGGGUACAAAAUAAAAUGAAGUUAGCCGUACUCCUGAGUGUUAUAUCAACGGGAUAUGCAUACAACAUACUAUGCUUGCAGAAUGUCCCUUUCAAAAGUCACUACCAUCUUGCAAAGGGGCUGGUUUACCCCCUACUGGAAGCUGGGCAUAAGGUGACAUGGAUCACAACGUUUCCCGGAAAACCAGUUACAAACCUGACCUAUAUCGACAUAAGUCAUAUACAGGAGUUAACGAAGAACUUGGACAUGACCCGUCCGCAAACCAUGGACAUGGUGAAGGAGAUGGCAUGGAACAUCUCCCGCAGUACCCUGGAGACUCCAGCAGUAAGGAACGCCCUGAUCAGGGAGAAGUAUGAUGCUGUCAUCACUGAGUGGUUCUUCUCCGAAGUGGAGACUGGCUAUGCAGCGGUGCAAGACGCCCCAUGGAUCCUACUGGGCGGUAUGCUGCUCAACACCCACCUGGAGUACCUGGUGGACACGGUGCGCUCCGUGCCCACCAUCUCGGUCUUGACGAGCGACUACGAUACGCCCAUGACGCUGUGGCAACGCAUCCAGAACACCAUCUCUUUCCUCUUCUUUACCUACAUCACCAUGUCAAGCCAGCCCACCAACAAAGCAAACUACGAAGAAUACUUCGAACCACUAGCUAAAGCGCGCGGCGUUACCCUACCUCCGUACUACAAGGCGAUGCACAAUGUUUCCAUACUGUUUGUGAACUCACACUCAUCGUUCGCGCCGCCCUUCGUCACUCCACCCAACGUGGUGGACAUCGCGGGCUACCACAUCGACGAGGACGUACCGCCACUGCCCAAGGAUCUCCAACACCUCCUGGACUCCUCCCGCCAGGGGGUGGUGUACUUCAGCAUGGGCUCCAUGAUUCGGUCCGCGGCACUGCCGGUGCAGACCCGACGCGAGCUGGUCAAGAUGCUGGGGGAACUGCCCUACACCGUGCUGUGGAAGUUCGAGGAGCAGAUGGAGGGCUUGCCCAGGAAUAUUCACAUUAGACCCUGGAUGCCUCAGUCUAGUAUACUCUCGCACCCCAACGUAAAGGUGUUCAUCACUCAUGGUGGUCUGCUCAGCACGUUGGAGUCCCUCCACUUCGGAGUGCCAGUUAUAGCCGUGCCAGUCUUCGCAGACCAGCCCGGUAAUGCGCUACGCUGCGUGAAGGCGGGGCAUGCUCUUAAAGUCGACUUCAACCUACCAGCACUUGCAGGAAACCUCAAAACCGCCCUCAACGAGAUGCUCAAUAACAACAGUUACUACAAUCGCGCGAAGGAGAUAUCGAGGCUGUUCCACACGCGCCCCGUCUCCAACAAGAAGCUUAUACAGCACUACGUAGAACUGGCCAUCGAGAGCAAAGGGGCAUACCACCUGCGUUCCCAAAGCGUGCUGUACUCCUGGUACCAACUGUGGAUGCUGGAUCAACUGGCCGUACUUGUAUUAGCACUGUUUAUUAUUGCGAUAAUAAUUAAGAAAGUUGUUAGUAAUUUGUUUAGAAAGAAGGGAAAACCGUCUACAGGAAAAAAAGAUAAGAAAAAGUAAUUUGUUAUUGUACAAUUUAUUGUUCGGUUAUGUGUUAUGGUGCUUCCACACGGCUUUCAAAAAC